ACAAUAUGUUUUUAUUGUUACAGACGACGUAUCUAUAAUGGGAGUAAUAACUGUAUGUGAUAUCGACUAUGGCCGGAUAUUCGGACCAUUUCCGGUGCAGGUGGCGCUGAUGGAUCCAACCUAUGUGAUUGGCAUGCUCACACAGGACACACGUCACGACUCUCCCUCCAUCGAGGUGGAUCCUGACGCCAGUAGCGGCCUGGCACGUGCUGAUGGCUGGUUAGCGUACAUCCAGCCCGCCCGUGAGGAGGAGGAGCAGAAUGUGGAGGCCUAUAUGAAGAAUGGCCAGGUAUUCUAUCGGACACUAAGGAUAAUCAAGGCAAGAGAGGAACUCCUGGUCUGGUAUAGUAAGGACUUCUGUCAGCUGAUCGGCAUUCCGGACGUCAGGAGAAGUACCAUUCAGGAAAAGGUGAGUUACAUAUGCCAGUUUUGUGGAGAGAAAUUCCAAUACGUAUUUCCACUGAGAGCACAUAUGCGAUUCAAAUGCGAAAACAAGAGGAGGGAGAGUCGAGCAAUAUACGGAAGCGUCCACAAUCAGGAAAUCAAGUGUGACACCAAGUUAUGUAAGGUGUCAAACAGUGAUAGACUUUCCAGUGACACAUAUCACAUCGACCACACAAACGAGAACAUGCUCGUGGGCCGCAAAAGACCUGCAAUCGAGACAGACGACAAUGUAAACAUUAAACUAAAAAGUUAUGAAAAUGGUGAAAACCAUUCUCCGCCGCUCCGGAACAAAAAAUCACCCGAGAAAGACUACAACGCUAACAUUAGCGUAGAUGUUGUUCAGGAAGGGAACUCAAGUAAUCUAAGUGCGUUUAGGAAAGUAGAGAGAUCUCUUUCUCCACAAAAUAGUGUUUCUUCUUCUUCAUUGAUAAAUGUUUCUAACUGUGAGAUCAGACGGAAUGGACAUUUGCAUAGUAGCAUAGAGAGCAGACCAGUGUCGUCUUCCAAAGACUUUGUUUUACCGUCAAGUUUAGCGACAUCAGUGCUGCCGACGUCUCCAUUAAUGGGAUCGUCGUCAAUUCCGGCAAACGUCCUUGACCCUCAGCUGAGAGCAUCAAUGAUGGAAGCGUAUAGAUUUGCUUUUCCUCAGCAAUAUAAUGGGACGCAAGAAUCCAUAAUGAGAAGUUUACAUGGAAUCGGAGGUGACCCAUCAAAACAUUAUGGGUUUCCUGAUAAACUUAAUACUGACAUAUCAUAUAUGAAAAGCACCAACCCUAUGGUGGAGCGAAUCUUAACUAAUCCCAACACCCCCGCCAUGUUACCACCGGCAGGCAUUGUUGCCCAUAUUUCAAAUUGGUGUGCGAAAUGUAACGCUUCCUUCAGAAUGACAAGCGAUCUGGUAUAUCAUAUGCGAUCUCAUCACAAACGGGAGUUUGAUCCUGUGAAAAAGAAAAGAGAUGACAAACUAAAGUGUAACAUUUGUCACGAGACGUUCCGCGAAAGACAUCACCUAACGAGGCAUAUGACGUCACAUGCCUAAAUUAAACUUUCAGUGGAAAUUUCAAUAAUAUAUUCAAGACUGUCAUAAAAUGUGUGAUGUUAGAAUGGACAAAGGCAAACCAUUGAUAUUUCAUUGUCAUAUUUAUACAUAUUCUAUAUAAUAAUUUAUAUCAACCGUUUACAAAAUAUUCGACAGACAGUAGUCCCGGGUAUUAUAUUUCACUUGAUAUAUAAUAGUCCCGGAUAUUAUAUUUCACUUGAUAUAUAAUAGUCCCGGGUAUUAUAUUUCACUUGAUAUAUGAUUGUCCCGGGUAUUAUAGUUCACUUGGUAUAUAAUAGUUCUGGGUAUUAUAUUUCACUUGAUAUAUGAUAGUCCCGGGUAUUAUAGUUCACUUGGUAUAUAAUAGUCCUGGGUAUUAUAUUUCAAUUGAUAUAUAAUAGUCCCGGAUAUUAUAUUUCACUUGAUAUAUAGUAGUCCCGGGUAUUAUAUUUCACUUGAUAUAUGAUAGUCCUGGGUAUUAUAUUUCACUUGAUAUAUAAUAGUCCCGGGUAUUAUAUUUCACUUGAUAUAUUAUAGUCCCGGGUAUUAUAUUUCACUUGAUAUAUAAUAGUCCUGGGUAUUAUAUUUCACUUGAUACAUGUAUAUAAUAGUCCCGGGUAUUAUAUUUCACUUGGUAUAUGAUUGUCCCGGGUAUUAUGUUUCACUUGGUAUAUGAUUGUCCCGGGUAUUAUGAUUCACUUGGUAUAUGAUUGUCCCGGGUAUUAUGUUUCACUUGGUAUAUGAUUGUCCCGGGUAUUAUGUUUCACUUGGUAUAUAAUUGUCCCGCAUAUUAUGUUUUACGGGAUAUAUAACAGUCCGGGGUAUUAUAUUUCACUUGAUACAUUUAUAUAAUACUCCGGGGUUUUAUAUCAUAUUUCACUUGGUAUAUGAUAGUCCCGGGUAUUAUAUUUCACUUGAUAUAUAAUAGUCCUGGGUAUUAUGUUUUACGGGGUUUAUAAUAGUCCCGGGUUUUAUAUUAUAUUUCACUUGAUACAUGUAUAUAUUAUAGU